AAUUCAGACUUGGAUAAACUACAAAUAGAAAACAUUGCUCUAGAAGCAAUCUUCAGGCGAAUGUCUGAGAUGACAAAAGUGGUUGGCAUGAUAGGAGAAAGAUUUUUCAUUACAUUUCACUCAUGCCAUUCAAAAUACAUUUAUCCUGUUCAUCUCUGGUAUACAAAGGUAGAGAAAAGGCUAUGCAGCAAUCUGGAUUUAAUGGGGAAACCCAAUAUGGAGCUUUCAGACAUGUUUAUAAUAACUAUUGGUGCCUUGUUAAAGUAAAUUUGACUUUUUCUUGGAUGGCACAACAAUUAUGAAAAGAUACAACUUUUUGAAACAGUUGCUGAUAAAUGUAAUUUAACUGUGUGUUUUUUUCUUCAAAUCCAGGUUGCCAUGUAGUUUUAAAGUUUUCCCAAAGUCAGUCAUUAAUGUUUAUUAGAUUAUUAGAAAUAAAGUGUCUCUGAGUAUAUAUUCUCACCAGUAACAUGUGUAAUUAGGUUGUUAAGUUAAACAGCAAAGAUGAAAUUUAGAUACAAGUUAGUAUAUCACAAUGUAUUAAGCACCAUUGCAGCAAUUUCCUUUCACAUAAUUGUUUUCAUGGCCUUCAUUUAUGAUCAGAAGCAUAUCUCAAAACACUGUUUGAAAAAAAGGAAGGAAAAUAUAAACAUCUGAAAAAUUACAAUUUCAGUUUUCAUAUGUUUAUUAAUUUGCUUUAUAACUUGGGUUCAUUUAAUAUAACUCAAGACAGUAUGCAUAAAUGCUUGCUUCUCUUGCUUUUCCUACAACAACCAUCCUGUGAAAAUAGGCUAGGUUGAGAGAGAAAAUGUCUGGCCUUAAACGAUCCAGCUGGCUUUCAUAUACCAGUUUCUAGUUCAGCACCUUUUAUGGUAUCCUGCCACAUUUUAAAUUAUUAUGAGUCUACUACAUAGUAACACAAGUUUUCAAAUAAAUGAUCAAGAGAGUGACUGCUGUGCAGCCAUGGCCAGUGCUUGCUGUGCUGGGACCAAGGAGGAAAGCCUCACGGUUCCCAUCAGCAAUGGUACUGGUGGGACACUUUCAAACUCUUUCAUGGAGGAAACCCAAGGCUAUGAUGUGGAGUUUGACCCACCACUGGAAAGUAAAUAUGAAUGCCCUAUCUGCUUAAUGGCUCUACGGGAAGCAGUACAGACACCGUGUGGACAUCGUUUUUGCAAAGCUUGCAUUGUCAAAUCCCUAAGAGACGCAGGUCAGAAAUGUCCAAUAGACAAUGAAAUCUUACUAGAAAAUCAACUCUUCCCUGAUAACUUUGCAAAACGUGAAAUCCUCUCACUGAUAGUGAAAUGUCCCAACAAAGGCUGCAGUCAAAAGAUGGAGUUAAGGCACUUAGAGGACCAUCAGCUACAUUGUGGAUUCGCAUCAGAAAAAUGUUCUCAGUGUCAAGGGAUUUUCCAGAAGAACCAGUUGCAAGAACAUAUGCUAGAAUGUCCCCAGCGGCAAAUUGCCUGUCCAAAUUGUGCCAUGUGUAUGCCUUAUGAAGAAAAAAAGGUUCAUGAUGAAAUAUGCCUUUUGGCAAAUGUCUUCUGUGAAUAUUGUAAUACAGUACUAAUCAGAGAACAGUUGCCUAAUCAUUAUGAUAAUGACUGCCCUACUGCUCCAGUAUCAUGUACCUAUAGUGCAUUUGGAUGUAGAGAAAAGAUGCAGAGAAAUGAUUUGGCACGCCACAUGCAAGAAUUUACUCAGGUUCAUAUGAGAAUGAUGGCUCAGACUCUUCGGAGCGUCAGUGUUACUACUCCAACUUCCAUUAAUUUUUCUGGAAAUGUACCCUUCGACCCAUCACUCUUCUCUCAAGGCAUGCCACCUUCAUGUGAGUGUAGCCCAGAGGUUCAGAACUUCAAGGAGACUAUUCAGCAACUGGAAGGUCGUUUAGUAAGACAAGAUCACCAAAUUAGAGAACUCAUUGCAAAAAUGGAGACACAACAGUCCCAGAUGGGAGAGCUCAAACGCACCAUCCGAACUCUAGAGGAAAAAAUUGCUGAUAAUGAAGCCCAACAAUGUAAUGGUAUUUUCUUGUGGAAAAUUGAAAAUUUUAGUGCGUUCCUGAAAGCUCAGGAGGAAGAAAGACCCGUUGUGAUCCAUAGUCCAGGUUUCUACACAGGGAAACCAGGAUAUAAACUUUGCUUGCGUCUGCAUAUCCAGUUACCAAGUGUUCAACGUUGUGGUAACUACAUUUCUCUUUUUGUUCACACCAUGCAAGGGGACUAUGACAGUCAUCUCCCUUGGCCUUUCCAGGGCACUAUACGUCUAUCAAUUUUGGAUCAGUCUGAAGGAUCUCCAAGGCACAAUCAUGAAGAAGUAAUGGAUACCAAGCCUGAGUUGCUAGCCUUCCAACGUCCUAUGGUCUAUCGCAACCCAAAGGGUUUUGGAUAUGUAACUUUUAUGCAGUUGCAGGCCCUGAAACAAAGAACAUACAUAAAAGAUGAUAUUCUCUUGGUACGCUGUGAAGUUUUAACACGUUUUGACUUAACCAGUCUCCGAAGAGAAGGUUUUCAUCCUCGUAGCACAGAUGGAACAUCAUAGCCUAUUGUCCAGUCUUGAUUGUUAUGUAAUUAUGAAAACCAAGCUUGGUUUAAACAUUAUUUGGCUCCCUGAAGCUCCUGUUUCAAAAAGAAAACAGUGUAGGUGUUGAUGUUAACUGAGGUAGCAAAAUUCUGGUAGUACCACUCCUUAGGAAUAGAAAGGCAGCAGUAAUAAAUAACUAUGCAUUUUAUGCCUUUUUUUGCUACAUGAAAAAUCUUUCACCUAUAGCAGCUGCUUUUCUAUAUUAUAUGAAGAAUCUGCAGAACUGUAAAUGAAGUGUGAUAUUCAUAAAAAUUACAGAUCUUUGAAGCAGAAGUUAGACUGCCAGUCUAGAAAAAUAGUAUGCUUUUCAGGAAAGGGGAAAACAUUCUUCUGUCAUAAGACAAAAUAUUUAUCUAAUGCACUCUGUUGUUCCUUUUGGUGAGCUAGAUAACCGACUGACUAUUAUCAUUGGUUACGUGCUAAAAAGUGUAAUUAAAACUUACUGUAGUCAGGAGUGGGCCAAAGUCUAUUUUCAUUAGAAGAUUGUCUACAUAGAGGCAAAUAGAUAGUGGGAUACCUUAAGAUUCUGUCUUGGGCCCAGAAUUCUUCAGUAUUUUUAUAAAUUACUUAGAGAAAAGGAUAGAAGGGAAACUUACCAAAUUUGCAAAUGACACAAAGCUAGAAGGAGACACCUCUGAAGACAUGUUCAAGGUUUGAAAUGUUUCAUUAUGCUCGAACAAUUGGACUUUAUGCAAGUAAAUACUAUUCAGAGGCAAAAACUUUGUCAGGUUCUGCACAGGUAGAAGAUAAGACAGUACCUGGCUUAGCCAUAAUACUUGUGAAAAAGAUAUGAAAAAGAUCUAGUAGAGCACAGAUUAAGCAUGAGCCAGGAAAGAAUACAGAAGAGAACAAUAAAAAUGAUAAAAAACUUGGACUUGUUUAGCCUAAAUAAGAGAAGGGUAAUAGGAGACAUGGUAUCAGUGAUACUAGUCUUCCAAUGCUUGAAAGGCUGUUGGGUUUGGAAACUAUGGAUUUAUUGUCCCUAAUGCUUAAAUGUAGGACAAAAACUAAUGGUAUAUUUCCCAGAGCCAUUGGUACUCCUUCAGUGGAGAUUUUCAAGCAAAAGUUGGACAACCAUUUGCCUUGGAUUACCUGAGGAUUUCUACCCUGGGAGGGAAGACUUUGAUUAUAAAACCUCCGAGCUACCUUCCAAUGGAUUCCAUAGAAUUCCUAUGAUUUCAUGAAUUGCGUAUAUAAGCUAAUAAAUUAGGGCUAAAUUGUAAGGCAUAAUAUAACAAAAAAACUUCGUUUAUACACACACACACAGAGUAUGUGACUUAAGACCCAUCCUCAAAGUUACCACAAUUGCACCUCUCCUGCAGUCAUAUGACUGCAAUUCAAGUGCUUGGCAACUUUUCAUAUUUCACUGCAAUGUCUUGUGGUUAUGUGGCUACAAUUUGUAACCUUCCCAGCUGGCUCCUGACAGGCAAAGUCAAUUGAGAAAGCUGGUUUCAUUUUAAUGUCCACAUGAUUCACUUAACAGCAGUAAAAAUGGCUGCAAAAUCUGAUCAUGUGUAAUAUACUUAAUAACUGCUGUCACUUAGUAUCUGAAGUUCUGGUCCCAGUUGUGGUCUUAAGUCAAGGACUGCCUCUAUGACAUGCAUAAUUGGUCAGUGCUCUUUAUCGUUAAAGCAAGAAAAUCAUAUCUUUGUAGAUUUGGUAUUAAUUAAAACUUCAUUCUUGCUUUCCCCUCCCGGAGAAGUUAAUCCAUUCUCAACUACUGUUAACAUAAUGAUAAAUUAGUUUGAUGUAUCUAAAAGCUCAAUGCAGAUCUCUUCUGGAGAAGCUUAAUGAGACAUCAACCUCAAGACAUCUUUGCCCUGAUGAAAUCUUGAGUAUCUUUGACUUACGUUUCAUGUCACUAUGUUAUUUGCACUGCUUAAUCCUAUCAUUCCCUGUUGCAUUUUUUUGCACUUGUGAUGAUAAGUUUUAACUGUGAUUCUGCUACAAAUGUUAGUAGACAUGUUUCAUUUUUACCUGGAAACACUGUUAGCCUUAAAGGAAAUUCACCUUCUUUUAAAAGUGAUUUGAGAUAUUUAUAUGCUUGCAUUUUGCAAUGUUUUCAGUUUAUUUUGCUGACAUACUCAGCAUAGAUAUUACAAUUCUCAAGAAUGUGAUUUUUACCCAGCUUCAGAUUGGCUGAUCUGAGCAAAGCUGUAACAUUUUAUUGUUGCGCACAACAAUCGAUGUAGUAAUGUGCUACUUUGGUGCAUAAACAUGCUAUUAGUGCUAAUUGUAAAAGUUACUACCUUUGUGUACAGAAGUCUCUGAUCAAGAUUCAUUGGUGUCGACAAGAUCAUUUUAGUGAAAGUGGUCUUGAUAAUACCCGUGUGA